AUUUCAGCAUGAAAGCAAAGCUUGUGCUCUUCGUCUGCGCGACAUUUAUGGUGACCGUCACGACUGAUGUCGUGACCGAAUUGUGGAAUCAGUAUCCGGAUUCGGAUGGAAAUUACAUCGUUCCAUACCAGUUCUCAAGCACCUACAGUCCUGAAGACCGCUCGAUGGUUUUGUCCGCUAUGCAGAAAAUUGCUGCCAACACUUGCGUUAAAUUUGAACCACGAUCGAGCGAGGAACAAUAUGUCGAGAUUAUCAACGAGGAGUCGGGCGCGUGCGGUGCAAAUGUUGGCAGAAUUUCAGGAAAGACUUCUGUUUACCUUGAGCCAAGCUGCAUGGACGCAAAAACUGUCAUGGUUAUGCUCCUGCACAGCCUAGGAUUGAGUCAGGAGAAUCAACGAGAGGAUAGGGAUAACUACAUCAAAUUGCAUCUUGAAAACCUGAUAGAUCCAAGGGCAGGUGUCUUCCUCGCCAUGGCCGAAUCAACGCAAAAGUAUCUCAGUGUGCCUUACGACUACCUUUCCAUUAUGCAUGAUGCAAAGGAUGCCCAUGCAAAACCAGGCACGAUCACCGUCGAGACUGUCGACCCUGCCUAUCAGGACAAGAUCGGAAAGCAAGCUGCGCCGUCUGCUCGCGACUACGAAAAGAGCUUGAUUUUUUGUGCUGAGGGAUUCUGGUUUGUGCAUUUCCGACCUUGCAAAAAAUCGAAGAUGGCAUACCCAACUACUUCGGUGAUACAAUUGAAAACUUCUGGUGAAUGA